AUGAUGGGUCCUGCCCUUACGUCAGUGAGAUUUCUCUUUUUCGGACCCCGACGGGGGCUCCUUUCUUUUCUUUUUAUCCUGUUUCAGUGGGUCAUGAACUUCCCCUCCUGUCGUGUGGAAGCUGUAACCCCCUUCCAAAAGUCAUUCCUUGUCCAGUUUGAGCCCCUGUUAUCAUCGUCAGACAAAGCGGGAGGGAAUGCGCUGGCGACGUUCAAGUUUGACGCGCUAAGGCAAGUCUUCAAGGCCUCUGCAGGGGAGAGCUUCGAAGACGAAACAGUGAAGAGAACCGUGUUGCUAGGUCGUCAAACGUUUGACACCAUUAUGCAACAGACCUUGUCAAGAGAUUCGGAUAAACCCUCCGAAGCAAAGGUCGAAUACAGUCCAGGGGGCCAGUCUCCACUUCCUUCUUUCGCCAUUGAUGCCAUCUCAACCAUGACGCUCGGAGGCAUUCAACAUCUGGAGCUGGUUUGCACUCUCGACCGUGUGGAAGGUAGCGACGAUUCAGCGAUACGGUGCGAGCCUCAGCCACAAGCUUUGCCCGGCUCCCUUCGUGUCGGAUUCAUCUUCCAGUUGGUUCCAAGCACUGACAAGGUUCGCCCCAGUCAGACCUCAGCGAGCUCACCACCUCUGUGUCGGAUUGUUCAUGAUUCAGGGCGGUCCGAAUUCCCGUCUUUCCUCGAUGCAGCCAUAGGGCUGUGCGCAGCCUUCGGAUACGAUUCCCAGCUCAUUGUUCAUGAAGGGAACGCAGCCCUAGAUUUGUUGCCGGAUCUGUACCCAGAAGGCCUCCCUUCGAAGGGAUUUGAAUCGAUCCCUGCCCGCUAUGUGAAGCCCUACCAUUCGCUUUCGUUUGUAGGGAUAAAACCUGUAAAAUCGACGCCAUCAAAAAAUGUAAAAGAUCACAGUGAAGCGGACUUUCUUCCAAAUGAGGAACUGGACACACUCUCUUGGCGCGGAGUGGCUGUUAGCUCUUGUGUGUACGAAAACGCUCUCGGGCGCCUCAAGGAGGCAAUACGCAAUGCUGUCAUUUCGGACGGUCCUACCGAGGUCCGGGACUGCACGCUUCACGUAGGACGACCUGAUCAAUAUACAGACGCUCUGACAAAGGCAGCGGGAAGUGCCUGCCUUCCCGGCAAGAACUUUCUCGGCUGUCUCGACGCAAUUCGUACGGGGCCGUACGUUGAGGAAGCCUACGUUGCCAUGCGUUCUAUGCGGAAACAAAUCGAGCAGUUGACGCCGACAGUUUCGCCGAAUGCAAUGCAUAUGCUGAGUAUGUUGAUGGAGCCUGAAACCUGGCGAACGCUUCACUCCCUUAUUGGGCCACAAGCUGCUCGUCUCUUUGAAACGCCCUCUCAAACGGCUUGGUAUGAAGAGGGAAUGCUCAAAGUGAAACAGCACACAGCUCGCACGGAUGCCCCUCUGGUCCCUUCUUCAGAAACUCUCAUCUCCGAAGCUCUGCGCUUCCCAUUGUGGUUUCUGGACAUCUUUCCCUCUUCGAAGUACUGGCAGACAUUAAAACUCGGCUGCGUGUUGGAAGACCUCGCGUAUCUUGGCGAGAUGGGCAGAGUCUUCAUUCGUCAGAGCCCCCGUCGUCUGGAGUAUGCAAACAUGGUCUCCACGAGUAGAAUCGUUAAUCCAGCUGUCCUUCUCCAGGAGGACGUAACCGAGCUGCGGGGAGAGACAAGUACACACGACCUGAGGCAGUCCGACGAUGAUGAUACUGGAAGAGAAUCCGUGAUUGAAUCCGGACAGAUCUUCCUGCCGAGCGGAAAGAGUGUGCGGCCGCUGCAACGUGUCUACGCCUUCGAAGAUCUCAAAGCUGUUUCAAAUAUUAACCCCGCUCAAUCGGAGAAUGAUGAUGCCGUCCGACGUCUCUGGCUGGUGUCGCCGUUUUUUGAAGAACGUGGAGACAUCACUGUCACAGGAGUGCCCGCACGGGACGGAGGAACAUUUGAUCUACGAUUUCUGUGUACCAAGCGCGGGCGGUUUCGGAUCAGUAGCAAUCUUGUAGGCUGGUUUUCAAACUAUCUGUGUGAGCCUGAGUAUGUCCCGGUCCCAGACAGCGAGUACACUGGGCAACUACGUCAAGGUGACAAACCGGUGAACCGCUUGAUCGGUAUUGAGUUCGAGGAUCACGCACCUUGGAGGUGUGGAGUCAGCUUUCUCGGGACUGAGAGGCAACUUAAAGAGACAGCUGUCCGUGGAUCGGAUCUUUUGAAGAUUAUGACUGGACUCUGUUCCUUGUUGGGCUUCAAAACUGGGUGGAUCCUGGACAGUGUAACGGAUUUGUCGACGCACGAGAAGAUGAAAAUUACAAUGGUGCUCGAGAAGCGCAUCUCUUUCUAUGAGAACCAAGGUUUCUUACUCUCGUUAAAUACAAUCAAAAGCCGAGAACAUGUGGAAACGUGCGCCGGUUCCAGUGCGGCAGAUCCUACCGGCGUCCUGUCCGGCGUGUGCAAGCAGCCACAUGACAUCUUGGUAAAUCCCGGGUUUGAGGCAACUACGUUCUACACUCUUGUGGAACGCACGUACGAUACGCUCUACAACCUUACAUUCGACUGCAAUUCACCCUCGUGGCAGAACUGCGGGAAACCGUUUCCCCUCUCAGUCAAGGAUCCCCGCGGCGAAGGUUGUGCUUUUGAGCGACACCCCCUUUUUCACGAGCUGAAAUAUCUGAAUCCUGAUAAGUGCAAUACGGGCAAAAGAAUCGGCGAGUGCCAUGAGUUUGUCCGGAAACAUCUUAAAUGCAAUCGACACGAGAAAAAAGGGUGCAAAUACCUCAUUUUUCUCCACACCCAAUUCAUUUACCCCGGUGGAGACACAGGAAAGAAGCUGCCCAAAGUCAUCCAGGAUCAGUACGAAUUUGUCGGUAAAGACAUUCAUAAAGAAGCAGGCCCCUUGUUGUUCGAAGCCAUUCGAAAGUCUGCAACGGAAGAGUUGUCUAGAGUCAACUCUCUUGAGUCUGCGGCUGCCACCACCGAGUUUCGGGAUAUGCACGAAGAAGGAACCGGUGGUGACGGUGAACAACCGGCCGCCUUGAUCAGCAGUGUGAGAGACAUGCUCCUGGAGUCAUUGAUAUUCGUAGACUGGACUGGAACGCCCCAGUUCUGGAUCCGUGCCCAAUACAAAUAUGAUGAGAAAACCGGCAUGAUGACCGAGGACAAGGACAAGCUCUUCUGUCCUGUUGCGUAUGCAUGGGCAUACAUUACACGGCUGCAUGGUCAGCUGUACAGGCAUUCGAGCGACUACUUCCAAGACAAACUUCCGCGGACGUCUCGCCCGACCUCAGAUGACCAGCAAAAUGAGGCGCUGCCGUCUUCCGAUAGGAUGGCACUGCAAGACAGCAGUGGAAGCGAAUCAGACGAGUCAGACACACAGCAGGGCCGGAGACCGAUUGAACAACACCUGUUUUGA